AUGGUCCAGGCGACGAGGUUCACCUGUGGUGGCUUCGCCGUCGGGAUCAGCUUCAGCCACGCGGUGUUCGACGGCCAGGGCGCGGCGCAGUUCCUCACGGCGGUGGGGGAGCUAGCGCGGGGGCUCCAGGUGCCGUCAGUGACUCCGGUGUGGGACCGCGACGCGAUCCCGGACCCUCCAAGCCCGCCGCCGCCUCAGCUCACGGAGUUCAGGCUCGUGACCCAGGUGGCCGACAUAUCGGCAGAGAGCAUCGCGCGCGUCAAGGACGAGUUCAAGCAGGCUGCCGCGACAUCGAGGGGGGAGGUGUGCUCCACCUUUGACGCGGUGACGGCCGUGUUGUUCAAGUGCCGCGCGCUGGCGCUGGCGUCGGCGCUCCCUGACGAUGCCGCUGUCCGGGUCGCCUUCGCCGCCGGCACGCGGCACCUUCUCCACGGCGUGCUGCUGGCGGUGGACGGCUACUACGGCAACUGCGUGUACCUGGCGUGCGUCACUAAGGCAGGCAAGGCGGUCCGGGAGGCGUCGCUGGCGGAGGUCGUCGGCGCGGUACGGGAAGCGAAGGAGGCGGUCCCGGCGCGGUUCGCCGGCUGGAUGCGCGGCGUCGAUCACUACGACGUGCCGCUCGACUACAGCACGGUGACUGUGUCAGACUGGAGCCGCGUCGGCUUCCACGAGGUGGACUACGGCUUCGGCGCGCCAGGGUACGUGUUCCCGCUCAACGACCACGUCAACUUCGUCGCGUCGCUCAACUACGUCAGGCCGCCGGCGCCAAAGCGUGGGGGCAUACGGGUGGUGCUCCGCUGCGUCGAGGAGCCUCAUGCGGCCGCGUUCGCCGUCGAGCUCGCCAAGUUCGCCUAG